GGCUACUCCUCUACCCUCAGGGUUCAAGUGUGUGAAAGGACCAGCGGAGGAAAGUGUUGGUGAAGAGGAGAGGCGCCGUUUUCAUUCCUUGGUGGGCAGCCUCAUACCAUAUGGAUGAAAAGUAGCUUUCCGCCAAUAGCAUCCGCCAAAUUCGCUGCAGCCAGACUUUCGUAGCUCAGCCGCAGCCAUUCUCUCCGCCGUGAUUGCUGCUGAGCCGUCCGAUAUUAUUUACAUGCUAUUGGUUGAGCCUAUAGCUAUUGAUGCAGCAGGGGAAGAAUCCUGCAUCAUUGAAGCCGUCAGAUCUCCCAUCGUUCAGAGAGAAUCUUCCACCGUCUAAGAAGUAUAAAAGCGAGCAAUGAGCCAUUGCAAGGCGUCUGACGAGGGGUCUGCUAGUCGCGCUUCAGAAGCAGCAGAGGGACCAUCCUCACCUUCAGCAGCGGCUCCAGCAGUCAUCGCAGCGCGGCUAGGGCCAGUGACCGCAUCGGCACCAGCGGCAGCUGCAGCGCAACGAGCCCCGCCCGCAGCGCGAACCCGCCAAUCCACCGUGGCUCCCCUCGUGCUGACGUGUCUUACCGCGCUGCUGAUUAUCGCCUUAGCGGUAGCCGGACGGGUGGCGCCUCCGGGAGCUCUCAGCGCGAUAGCUUGGGGGAGGAGCGCGCGAGAGGGGGAGCGGAGGGGGGAGGAAAUGGGGGGGGUGGGGGACAGGAAGGGGGAAGGGGGGGAGACGGGGGAAGGGAAGGGGGAGAGUGAGCCUAUUGAGAGAGAGUGCUCUAUGACAUACAUGUGGCCCAGCUACGUUCAGAUUCCGAUACAGAACCGGAGCCUCGAGCAACAAGGACUAGAUUCGAAUCCACUGUACAGCUUGUUCUUAUACCGAGAGAGCCACUAUAUGGGAGGCGGCAGCAGGAUGGAGGAAGUGAGGAGGGGCCUCUGUGGGAGCGUGCCUGUGCUCUUUAUUCCGGGGAAUGCCGGUUGCUACAAGCAGGUCCGCUCCCUUGCAUCUGUAUCCCACCACAUCUACCUCGCCUCUCACACCCAAGACAAGCCAAGGGAGCGCUCUCCCUGCUUCCUCUGUAGCGAAGAGGGGGGCGCAGCAGAAUCAGCAGAAGGAGCGGCAGCAGCAGCAGCAGCAACAGAAGCACUUGGAGCAAGGGAGGGCAAGCAGGACUCCCAGGGUUAUCCAUCUCCCCUGGCGUGGUUCUCCGUGGACUUGAGGGAGCACCUCUCUGCUCUGGAUGGCUCGCUGUUGAGAAGGCAGGCAGCCUUUGUUGCAGCUGCUGUCACUGAGAUUCGUUCCCUCUACCGUUCGUCCUGUGCUUCCAAUCUCCCCCCCCCCUCCUCUGUGCUGCUUGUGGGGCACUCUAUGGGGGGGAUAGUUGCCCGCCUGGCUGAAAGGAGGCUGAGAGGGGGAGAACAAGCGGAGAGGGAGGAUAAGGUGGAGGAGUGUGCGUGGGAGGGAGCAUCACGGGGAGGAGAAGGAGGAAAGAGAGCAGAAGGAGCAGAAGGAGUAGGGGGAGGAGGAGGAGCAGAAGAGCAAGAAGAGGUGCUACGCAGAAGGCAGUGCAUGGAGUCGAGGCAGCAACAUGCCGUGCAGACCAUUGUUACCAUCGCCACACCUCACAGGCAGAUAUCGCUUUCCGAAGUUUGCACACUUUCCUGGAUCCAUAGCAGCAGCAGCAGAAGCAGCAGCAGCACCAGAAGGAGCAGCAGACUCAGCAGCAGCAGCACCAGCAGCAGUAGCAGCCAGCAGCAGCAGCAGCUGAAGGAGCAGCAGCAGCAGCAGCAGCAGCAACAGCGGCAGCAGCAGCAGUGGCAGCAGCAGCAGCGUCAGCAGCAGCAGCAGCAAAAGCAGCAGCAGCAGCAGCAGAAGGAGCAGCAGCAGCAGCAGCAGCAGCAGAAGGAGCAGCAGCAGCAGCAGCAGCAGCAGCAGCAGCAGCAGCAGCAGCAGAUGUCAAAACUCUUCCGUGACAUUUACGACCCAGCUGUCCCUGACUCCCCUGCUCACUCUGCCUCAUCACACCAGCACCAGCAGCAGCAGCAGCAGCAGCAGCAGCAGCAGCAGCAGCAGAAGGAGCAGCAGCAGCAGCAGCAGCAACAGCAGCAGCAGCAGGCAGCAGCAGCAGCGGAGCAGCAGCAGCAGCAGCAGCAGCAGGAACCCUCCCUGCUCUCCUUCUACCGCUCCCUCAACCACCAUUCUUCACGCUCUCCCUCCUCCCUGCUGCUCGUCGCCUCUCUUGCUGCUGGCCACUCCGACUGGCAGGUGCGCUCAUGGGCUACAGCAGUUCCCCCGUCCCCAGAUGCAACCUCCCUGCACCUCCCGUUCACCACGUCCCCUCACGUGUGGCUCUCAGCGGGGCACGAACAAGCAGUGUGGUGCAACCAGCCCGUGUCACAGCUCUCCCACGCCCUGCUAUCACUGGUCAACCCACACACAUCACAGCCCUUCUCGUCCCUCAACACCCGCCGAGGAAUCGUCUCCUGCCACCUGUCGUCCGCACCUCUCGUCCUGCGGCCUUUGAGGCAACAGCAGCAGCAGCAGCAGCAGCAGCAGCAGAAGCAGCAGAAGCAAGAGCAGCAAAAUGGUGACAGCUAUAGAGGAGUGCACGAUCAAGCCACAUCAGUGCAGCUGCAUGGGUCCGUCCCAUUUGCUCACAAGUGGGCCUCAGAGGCGCAGAAGUCGUUCUCCCUUCGAGUCGACCUGCCAACUAAAUCACUAUCACCACAUUCUAGGGGCAGCAGCAGUGGUCUGGUUCUCCUAUCGAAUGUGCUUCCCUGUGAUGGCAUGAGGGUCACCCUCGAUGUAGCAACCAGGCGUGCAAAGGACGAUGAGAGGCGAGGAGAGGAGAGGCACUUGCAGAGGGAUGAUGAGAGGCGAGGAGAGGAGAGGCACUUGCUGAGGGAUGAUGAGAGGCGAGGAGAGGAGAGGCACUUGCAGAGGGAUGAUGCGAGGAGAGAGACUUUUGAGGCGCCUCAGAGGGAUGGGGAUGAGAUGAGGGAAGGCUACGAGGGAGAGCAGGCGGAGGGUAGGAAGCAGGGGGUGAGGAGAGAGGGUGUGGAAAAUGUGGAGCAUGGGAGUAAAGAGGGGAAGGAGGAGGGGAGGUGUGACGGUGCAGAUGAGGGUGACGUGUCAUCUUAUGAUUUGAUACGGCUGCUGGUGCAUCUGCCUUCUCCGCCCAGAGAUAGUGGAUUUUCCCUCCCAGUGUCACCAGCAUCACAGCACGUCACAGGGCAGGUUCCCCAGCCGACACCUCUUUCCCUGCUCAUGCUGCCUCUGGAGAUACCAAAAAGGGGGGGCGUAAUAACUGCUACUUUCCAUGUGAAUAUCAGUACCAAGGGCAAACCUCGGCCCCCUCUCCACUUCCUUUCUGUGGGACUGGCGCCGCUCCCCCUUCAUUCUCCAUUCGCCCCCUCCUCCUCCUCUCCAUCCCACUCCUCUCCCUCCAACUCCCUCUCCCUCCUAUCCUUGGUUUCCUCCAUCUUUCGACCUCUGCACCUGCCAUUAUCAUCAGGCUCAUCCUAUCAGCAGCAGCAGCAGCAGGGGAAGCCGCAGGCGAACGGACAGCACUCACACCAGCAGCAGCAGAAACGGCAGCAGCAGCAGCAGCAGCAGCAGCAGCUUCUUUCAGUAUUCUCCCUCCCGCCUGCUGCUGCUCAUCUCUCGCUCCACCUUCGCCUGCUGCCCUCUCAUUCUCCCACCACCUCCCAUCCUUCUGAAAUGCAGCCAAACUCCACCGGGUGCCACCCUGCUGUCGCCAUUCUGGCAUCUGCUGAUGCCGCUGCUUCUGAGGCUGCGACAGCCGGCGGUGGCCCAGGGCACGGGUCCAGUCAAGGGAGCUAUAAGAUCCAAUAUACCCACACCUUCCAUCAGUCCGCCCUUUUAGAGCUCGACUCGCCUCCACCCCACCUCACUCGCCCCUCUUGCCACCACUGCAAUCACCACCAUGGCAAUCACCACCACCACUGCCACUACCUUUCGCACAAGCAUCAAGAGGAAAGCGGGGGAUCAGAGCCACACUGCCACUCUCAGAGUGGCAAUGGCAGUGGCGGUUCCUCGAGUGGCCUCUCCUUGAUGCUGCUGGUCGACCCCUCGUGCCCCUCCUCCCUCCUCCUCUCCGUGGACCUCCCUCGCUCCCUCACCUCCCUCCUCCUCUCCUCCCUCCCUCUCCUCAUCGGCUCAGCCCUCUCCCUCACGCUCUGCGCCUCCUCCUACCACUUCUCUCACUCACUCUCCCUCACUCACUCACUCUCACGCUCUCACUCCCAAUCCACUUCAACAUCCAGCCCACUAGCCUUUACAUCACCUUCCCCCUCACCCUCCUCUUUCCCUCCCCCCUCCUUCCACAAUCUCCCCUCCCUCCUCUCUCUCACUGCCUCGUCUCCUUGGCCUUCUCUCUCUAACCCUACCUCACGCUCCCUACUCUCCUCUGCCAUCCUUUUCUCUCUCCUACACUCCCUUUCUCACUCCUCUCACUCCACUCUCCCCCUCCCUCCCUCAAACCCUCUAGACUCACGCCUCACGCACUCAUUAUUCCCCUAUCUCCAGCCCCAUUCUGCUUCUUCCUCCUGUCACCCUCUCCCUCCCUACUAUUCCCUCCUUUCUCCCCUCCUCCUCUCCCUCCCCUCCCUCCCAAGACUCUCCCCCACACUCACCUCUUUCCUUCACACUCUCACCUCCUCCCUCCUCUCCUCCCUCCACUCCUCCCUCCACUCUUCCCUUCCCUCCUCACUCCUCUCCCUCCUCCCCUCUCCCCUCCGCCUCGACCCAAACCAACCACCCCAUGCCACGUCACUUCUCCCUCUCCUUGCAUCAGCACGGUGCAUGCUAAGCUGUAUUUUCUCCAACGCUGACAUCAGCGCUCCUGUCACUCUCCGUUGCAGUCGUGAUUGCAUCUGCUGCUCUCUGCCUCCUUGUCGCUUUGCUAAAAGUGACUCUUAAGGUCCUCUCCUGCUGUGCCGGCUCCCAGUCUGACUCUUGGGCAGAUCAAGGCACAAACACUGGCACGGGGUAUUGGCCUCCUUUCCUCUUCCUCUUCUUGCUCCUUCCUCUCUCAAUCUUCUCCCCAUUCAUCGCCCUCCUCCUCGCUGCUGUUGUUCAAGUCUGGCGUACAUCUCGGGCUAAGGCAAGGUCCUCUUUCACACUGGUAUCAGAGCUCCUAUUGGCCGACGCUUUCCUGCUGCUACUUGCAGCCCUCUUCCAUCUCCCCCCCUUCAUUGCUCACCUGCAUGCCAAGGCGUCAAUAUCCAUGGCCCCUUUAGAGGACCUACUGCCCUCCGUAGCAUCACUUCUGCUUGUAGUCACACCACUGCCCUGCUCCUUCCAGUCCCCCCCCAACCCUCACUACAAGCCAACAGCACUGCAGCAAGUGGUAGUUUUUGUCUGUGACCUGUGUGGGGUGGCAUCAUUUGUCUUCUCUUUAUAUAUGGUUCCGGGAUACAGUCUCAACGCAAUUGCUCUAGUUGCUGUUUCCAGAUCUAUUAUGUCUCUCCAGCAUUUGGAAGGCACAGCACAGCAGUACACUUGUGGUCUCUGGUUUGCAGUGGGUAACCUUCAUCCCUUAUGAUUUCUGUGUACACUUAUGAUGCCUGCAUUCAAAAUAGAGACUCUAUUUUGAU